UUGUCGCAGCGACGAGACAACUUGUCCGGUCGAGCGGCUGCUCUCUCAACAUCUCCCCGGCUUCUACUCAGUCCCUGCCCGUCACUCUGCUCCGUCCUCACCCGCCUCCCCACCACCGUGACCGGACUCCGUCUUUUCCCGUCCAUGAGGAUUUUUUUUUUCAUCCUCAGCGGCGGAGGCGCUCCUGUCACGGAUCCCUUGGCGCAGGAAGCUGACAGACGGAUAAACAGCCUGCUCCUACCCGGCGCCGGGAGCGACCUAACCGGGCAUCGCGAGGCGGAGCGGGUGGGUGGCUAGCUGGGAAGGCUAGCUAACUGGCAUUAGCCGGGGCAGAUCGCUCCAGUCCGGCGUCCAUCGCACACACACACAGUCCACGUGACAGCGACAAGAUGGAUUGAAAUAUGAAGGGUGGGACUGUAUCACCAUCAUCCCCAUAGGAGGGCGGCUCUCUUUGGUUGUGCUCUGCAGGCUAACUGUGUAACUGAGCUGGCAGACAAAGAGGAAGAUGCCUCCCAGGCCAUCAUCGGGAGAGCUAUGGGGCAUCCACCUGAUGCCUCCCAGGAUCCUGGUGGACUGCCUGUUGCCCAAUGGGAUGAUUCUAACCCUGGAGUGUCUCCGUGAGGCCACACUCAUCACCAUCAAGCAUGAGCUGUUCAAGGAGGCCAGAAAGUAUCCCCUCCACCACCUCCUGCAAGAGGAGACAUCCUACAUCUUUGUUAGUGUUACACAGGAAGCGGAGCGGGAGGAGUUUUUUGAUGAGACCAGAAGGCUGUGUGACCUACGACUCUUCCAGCCUUUUCUCAAAGUCAUCGAGCCAGUUGGUAACAGAGAAGAAAAGAUUCUCAACAGAGAGAUUGGUUUUGCCAUUGGUAUGCCAGUGUGUGAGUUCGACCUGGUGAAGGACCCCGAGGUUCAGGACUUCAGGAGAAACAUCCUGAAUGUUUGCAAAGACUCUGUGGAGCUGCGAGAUGCCAGUGGACCCCACAGUAGAGCCCUGUAUGUUUAUCCACCCAAUGUUGAAUCCACACAGGAACUUCCCAAACACAUCUAUAGCAAACUGGACAAAGGUCAGAUUAUUGUUGUGAUAUGGGUGAUUGUUUCUCCAAACAAUGACAAGCAAAAGUACACACUGAAGAUCAACCAUGACUGUGUGCCUGAACAGGUGAUUGCAGAGGCCAUUCGUAAGAAGACACGCAGCAUGCUGCUAUCCCCGGAGCAGCUGAAGAUGUGCGUUCAGGAAUAUCAGGGUAAAUACAUCCUCAAGGUGUGUGGCUGUGAUGAGUACCUGCUGGAAAAGUACCCCAUCAGCCAAUAUAAGUAUAUCCGCAGUUGCAUCAUGCUGAGCAGGAUGCCUAACCUGAUGCUAAUGGCUAAGGACAGCCUGUACACCCAGUUGCCUACAGACAACUUUGUCAUGCCAUCAUACUCUCGACGCAUCUCAACGGCAACGUCCUAUAUGAAUGGCGAGGCAGCUGCCAAGUCGCUUUGGACCAUCAACGGGACACUGAGGAUACGAAUCCUGUGUGCCACCUAUGUAAACGUCAAUAUACGAGACAUAGACAAGAUCUAUGUGAGGACAGGCAUUUACCACGGAGGUGAGCAAAUGUGUGAUAAUGUCAACACGCAGCGAGUGCCCUGCUCUAAUCCCAGGUGGAAUGAGUGGCUCACCUAUGAUAUGUACAUCCCAGACAUCCCCCGUGCAGCCAGACUCUGCCUCUCCAUCUGCUCUGUCAAAGGCAGAAAAGGAGCAAAAGAGGAGCAUUGUCCACUGGCUUGGGGAAACAUCAACUUGUUUGACUACACUCACACGCUGGUGGCCAACAAGAUGGCCCUCAACCUCUGGCCCGUGCCUCAUGGCCUGGAAGACCUCCUCAACCCCAUCGGAGUCACCGGAUCCAACCCCAACAAGGAAACGCCGUGUCUGGAGCUGGAGUUUGACCAUUUCAGCAGUUCUGUUAAAUACCCAGAUAUGAACGCAGUGGAAGAUCAUGCAAACUGGACCAUCUCCAGGGAAAUGGGGUUCAACUACAAUCUCUCAGGACAGAGCAACCGAGUGGCCAGAGAUCACGCCCUGACAGAGAGUGACACCGAGCAGCUGAGACAGCUGAGCAACAGGGACCCUCUGUCUGAAAUCACUGAGCAGGAAAAAGACUUUCUAUGGAGAUACAGACACUACUGCAUGAAUAUCCCUGAAAUCCUUCCCAAGAUCCUUCUUGCUGUUAAAUGGAACUCCAGAGAUGAAGUAGCACAGAUGUACUGUCUGUUGAAGGAAUGGCCGUCUAUCCGCCCUGAGCAGGCCAUGGAGCUGCUGGAUUGUAAUUAUCCCGACCCCAUGGUCAGACACUUCGCUGUGCGCUGCCUCGACAAAUACUUGACUGAUGAUAAACUGUCACAGUACCUGAUCCAGCUUGUACAGGUAUUAAAAUAUGAGCAGUAUCUUGACAAUCCCCUGGCCCGUUUCCUCCUCAAAAAGGCCCUCACCAAUCAACGGAUAGGACAUUUCUUCUUCUGGCAUCUCAAGUCAGAAAUGCACAACAAAACCGUGAGCCAGAGGUUCGGGCUGCUGCUGGAGGCUUACUGCAGGGCGUGCGGCAUGUACCUGAAGCACCUGAGCAGGCAGGUGGAGGCCAUGGAGAAGCUCAUCAACCUCACCGACAUCCUCAAACAGGAGAAGAAGGAUGAAACGCAGAAGGUCCAGAUGCGGUUUCUUGUCGACCAGAUGAAGAGACCAGAUUACAUGGAUGCUCUGCAGAACUUCACCUCUCCUCUCAACCCGGCACAUCAGCUGGGAAACCUGAGGCUAGAUGAGUGCCGGAUCAUGUCGUCCGCGAAGAGGCCGCUGUGGCUGAACUGGGAGAAUCCCGACAUCAUGUCCGAGCUGCUCUUUCAGAACAAUGAGAUUAUCUUCAAAAAUGGAGAUGACUUGCGGCAGGACAUGUUGACGUUGCAGAUUAUUAAAAUCAUGGAGAAUAUUUGGCAGAAUCAGGGACUGGACCUACGUAUGUUGCCCUACGGCUGUCUGUCAUUAGGAGACUGUGUGGGCCUCAUUGAGGUGGUUCGCAGCUCCCACACCAUCAUGCAGAUUCAGUGCAAAGGAGGCCUGAAAGGCGCCCUGCAGUUCAACUCCAACACUCUGCAUCAGUGGCUCAAGGACAAGAACAAGGGCGAGAUGUACGACAUGGCUGUAGAUCUGUUCACCAGGUCCUGCGCUGGCUACUGUGUAGCUACAUUCAUCCUCGGAAUAGGAGACAGACACAACAGCAACAUUAUGGUCAAAGACGACGGACAGUUGUUCCAUAUAGACUUUGGCCAUUUCCUGGAUCACAAGAAGAAAAAGUUUGGCUACAAGAGAGAGCGGGUGCCCUUUGUGCUAACACAAGACUUCCUCAUCGUAAUCAGCAAAGGCUCCCAGGAGUGCACAAAGACCAAAGAGUUUGAGAGAUUCCAGGAGAUGUGCUAUAAGGCCUACCUGGCCAUCCGGCAGCACGCCAACCUCUUCAUCAACCUCUUCUCCAUGAUGCUGGGCUCCGGCAUGCCCGAGCUGCAGUCGUUUGACGACAUUGCCUACAUCAGAAAGACUCUCGCUCUGGAGAAAAGCGAGCAGGAGGCGUUGGACUACUUCAUGAAACAGAUGAACGAUGCUCACCACGGAGGCUGGACCACCAAGAUGGACUGGAUAUUCCACACUAUCAGGCAGCACGCACUAAACUGAUCCCACACUCGCAUCCUGAAGCCAGUGGUCCAACAGUUGUCCUCACUCGGCAUUGCCUUUGAAGGAAUCUCACCCUCAACCACAGACACUUCAACUGAUGAUGGAAGUUUGCAGUUUUUGUUUUUUUUAAUUUAAUUUAAACGAGGUUCCUGUUUUUCUGCCUUUCGAUGUGGUCGGGUCUGCAUGAGACCAUUUUCUUCUUGUUCCUGUGAAAUUGUUCUCCACCCGGCUCGUUCCACUUAUUCUCCCUGCUUUCUCUGCACUUUGUUUCUUCCCACUGGACUCGGCAAUCGUGGAAAUUCUGCCUUUUUAUCGUGCUGCUCGUGGAGGAGAAUCACACAUUGGACGAAACAGUGUAAAGAAGACGAUAUGUGCCAAGGUCUAAAUGUAGCCACAAAGUAAGUUUGACUUGCUGCCCCUCCGCAGUGUUCAUGCCGCACUGUGGCUCCACUCCAGAAAGGAGCUAUCUGUGAAUUGUUUUCCUUCUUCUUCUUUUUUUUUUUUUUUUAUCUUAUCACUGCUAAGGAUGCAGCAGGCACAAGAAGUUGUCAGAAUUAUGUAAUGUAUAUUUAAACACUUCAGGAUCACUGGUCUUUGGGAGAUUCAAUGAUGUCUUCCAUCAUCUUUUUGGUAAAAUUGCCCUUCAGAGAUGAUUUGGCAUCAGCUUGCCAACCUUUUAACUCUUAAUGUGAAAAUUUUGAAAACUUUAGAGGAGUCCUUUGAGUUGCAUUGUGCAGCUUCACGAUCUCUCGCAGCCUCAACUAAAUGGCGCUCGACCUUCGGGAACAGGAGGGGUGCAGCGUUAAGACUCUUGCAUAAACUUCAGGGUGAUGAUGCCUCUCCAUCAAACAGCACUUAUAAUAUAAUAAUAUACAGAUUUAUUAAGACUUUUUAUAUUUUAUUUAUGUACCUAGUUUCUUUCAAUUUCAGCAGAGGCAAAACUCUAACUCAGCCUCUUAAGAAACAUUGCUGAUGUAAAUAUAUUUGGAGUUUUAUGUAUUAUUGUUAUGAGCUUCGUCUAAAAGCAGCUGCUUUCUUCUGUGAGCCUCUCUCACUCUCACAAGUGGAGACUGCUGCUGCCUUUUUCCAGCUCUCUGUCACUGGCGAUCAUCUAAUCUGGCCUUAUCAGCAGCCCAGUUUCUAUCAUGGUGGCUAGUUUGCAAUCCCUCCUGGAAAUAAUUUGUUAGGGUAUGCAAAGCAAAGAGUGAAAAUGCCAGUCUCAUGUUUUUUUGUUUGUUUUGUUUUGUUUUGAAUGAAUAAUGGGACCUAUAUUAAGCCUCUGAAUGUCUGUUAAGUGGGCAAACAGAGACCCAAUGGGAAUGUCUCGUCUUCCUCUUGAUAAAAUGCCUUGGCGUCACAGCACAACACUCCACAACACUACAUUCUGUAAGUGCCACAACCUCUGCCCAAGUUGUAGGAAGAAAACCACUAUGGGAAGUUAAAGUCUAGAACAACAGCUUUGUGUGGAAGAAGGUUGAUUUAACUAUUGGUCUGUGCUUAUAGAAUCUGUUGCGGCGGUCGUUUUGGCUCGUUUCUCACUUUGUUGACAUUGUGUCUUACUGAGCCGUGGCAGUGUUUGACUCCUUUGCUGGGGACUGUCAAACCUACAAUUAUGUGAGAAUGCAGCUUUUGUGACGGCGCAUCGAACAGGUCUCCAGGUAAUUCUGCUGAAGUUAGUAAGAUACUCGCCACACCGGGUCAUUCCGGGCUCGCAGCUCCAGUUUGAACCACGAGGUGGUGUAACCAGUCACUCAGAUGAACGGGGAAUGCUAUAGUUUUGGCAGGAGCUUGGAUAGAGGGAAGAUUGUAUGUCCCUGAAGGGAAGUUCAAUGAAAAAUAGAUGGAUUUUUGGGGAAACUAUUGCACUUAUGAGGCCCAUUAUACCCCGUCACCAGUCUUGAUUUCCACUCUCAUUCACGCGCAUUUAAAUCUGAGCUGCAUCGACUGAAAAUCUAAAGGAUUAUUCGUUGACAUUACAGCUUGUUAAAUGUUUCACUUUAAUUUCAAAACUUGUGUUUAACUGUCCGGCGCUUUUUCACGUGCAGGUAAAUAGGUUGUAGUUAGAUACUCGGUUAGCCCCUGACCGUCCGCCGCCCAGGUUCAUGACACCACUGUACACCAAAGUCUGAGAGCAGAGCAGAUGCUGUAGUGACUCUUCAGCGGCUUUUGUUGUUUUUUCCCAUUAGUAAUGUCAACAGAACAGCACGUGUACACAUUUAUUGAUGUAAUUGAUUAACCUUAAAGUGGGCAUCGCCGAUCAAAUACAGCUCUGCAGGCGAGUCGACUCAAUCAACGGCGCCUUCAGGAGUGAAAGUGAAAUAAAUCCUAUCUGAGCUACUAUAGCUGAAGUUAAGAACAAUGUUUGUUUUUUUCCUCUCUCUCAGCACAAUCAUAUGUUGCAUGAUUGCUGAUUAUUUGUAUUUAUGAUGCAAGUCGUCACGAACAAAAUUGUUCAGAGGAAGUUUGGAAAAAAAUUAAUCAUGAAUAUCUUAACGAUGGUUUACAUAUUUGGGGGGAAUUUAGAGGGAAACAGGGUUACAAAACAGGGUUUAUUACAUUUCUGUUUGUUCAGAGAAGAGUAUAAAGAGACUUAAGCUCGUUGAGAAUUUAAAAAAAUCCCAGUGACAGUAAUCCCGCUGAAGUGAGGAUCUCAUAUAGUGUGCUUUGCUGCAAAGCGAAUGUAGUACUUCACGAGAAAUUGCACGUCCAAGUAGCUUUCCGAGCACGCAGCGCUCUCCCGCUGUGACUAGAAAAGACAUUUGGAUGUGCAUAUAGGCUGCUUGUUAUGUGAGUGAUCCCUGCUUUUCUGUGAAAGAGUGUGGAGGGGGAGAAAAACAAACCUGAUUGUAUUGAAAAGCCAAAGUUGUGGUCUGUUCUGAUGUGACGCUCCUGUUCGGUGUCAUUUAUAGCAGCAUCAAUGGCUA